UGCAAAUCCCGCAACCACCGUCCGUACGGCGAGUUACGACCAUUACCGGUCCCUUUGAGGUGAAGGGAAGUGAUUGCCAUGGACAUUACCGGCCCGUUCCCCAAGCACAAGACCGGCGUGGAUGGGAUUCUCACAGUGGUCGACCGACUCACCAAGUUCGCCAUGUUUUUGCCUUGCCGCUAUCAUUCCAAGGGACCGGAGUUGGCCGAGGUUCUUUACGCCAGUUGGAUUCGAACCAAGGGUUACCCCAAGGAAAUCGUCUGCGACAGCGACACUCGGUUCAUGUCCGAUUUUUGGUUGGCGCUCAUCAAGCGAUGGGGCUCAUCUUUCAAGCCCAGUUCAGCUCGCCACCCCCAGACCGAUGGCCAAACGAAAAGGGCGCACCAGACCGCACAGGUUCUCCUUUGCACUCUCAUCCGUCCUAACCAAAAGGAUUGGGUUGAGCGGCUGUCGGAUGUCGAGUUGGCCUACAACUCCUCCAUCCACCCGGCUAUCGGGAUGUCGCCCUUCGAGUUCGAGCACGGCUCGCCGGUCACUUCGCCGUUGGACACUAAAACUCCACGAACAGCCGAGAGCGACGACCAUCUUCUUUUCUUGCGUCGGAUGCAAGAGCUACUUGUCAAGGCACGUGACCAGAUGGCCAAGACGCAACAACGCAAGAGCCAACAGUCCAAUCGCCAGCGUCUUCCUUGCCCAUUCCGUGCCGGCGAUCUCGUUCAGAUCUCCGCCGCGGAAUUCAGCCUUGAACAAGAUAUCUCUCGCAAGCUCCUCCCGAAAUGGAUGGGGCCUUGGCUGAUCGUGGCACCCGCUGGGGAUGCACCCGAGGGACCUUCCUUCACUAUUCAGGUGCCCGCCCACUUGCCCGUCUACCAAGUCUUUCAUUGCUCCAAGUUGGCUCUUUACACACCUGCGGAACAUGACAAUUUUCCCGGGAGACGUUCACAAGACCCACCCUCUAUGGACGGUUUUCAAUUUGAGGGCUCUCUGUCCAAGCUCUACAGCCUAUUUGAGAGCUUGACAUCGACACCGGGUCUGGAGAUGAAUCUAGCUUCAAGCUGGAUCAUCGUGGGACCACCAUAUGUGGCACGAGUUAUGUCAAGGAAGCUUGAUUGCCUGAAACUGCUCCAUGAGACUGGAAGGAUGAUGUCCUGUGGACCUCAUAAGAAAGCUGGUGCACGGCCAAUGCCAUCCAUAUUUUGUGACUCCAGGCCCUGAUUUCCAGACUUUGAGACAGGUAGUGGUGGAAGUCUCGCUGAUACUGCAUCAGCACCCAGGGAUUCAGCCGAUGGUUCUUCUGCAUCGCAAUCUCAGCUACAGUGGCGCCAAGGUCGUGGUCCUGGCAUUGGCCCAAAUGCGACUAGAGUUGGCGAAGGGCCUGGAUCAAGCAAUGGCAGUGGCAGCAGUUCUCUCGAAGGAAGCAUGGACAAGGAGGAAGAAGAAAGACGGAGCAGAGACAGACAGCUGGCUGAAGGGUCUGAGUCCGUGAUCACCCAGUUCACAGGGAAUGCAGGGCGGAAGGUUUCUAGGGCCCCCUUGCUUGGAGCUGGCCCGAGCUUUCUAAGGGGUGCACCCUAUGUUCCAGCUGCCAUGGCAGGUCGAGGGCUCUCAACAAGGAGCCUUCAGGAAUGGGCACGGAGUAUGGCAAAUGCUGGUGCGCUGGAUGGAAACACAGAGCAGCGUGCCCAUCGAUUAUGGAGGACAAUCAUGGGUUGCUUACGUCCCUCACGUGAGGGAGAAUACUGCAGGGGCUUAGAUGCUGCAAACUCCAAUACCAGCUCAUUUGGUUCCAUGUUUCCAAGCCCUGCUGGCCCGUCAACAUCAGCAUCUGUGGGUUUCAACCGACCAUCUGCACCAUUGCGCCGUGGCAUUGCACCUCCUCGUCGGGCUAGCAAGGCAGUUCUUCCCCCAAUUCGUCCUGAGGAUGUGGGCAAGAAAACACUUGUACUGGACCUCGAUGAGACUCUUGUGCACUCUUCGUUUAAGCCCAUUCCGAAUCCAGACUACAUCAUUCCUGUUGAAAUCGAUAACAAGAUAACUGAUGUCUAUGUGCUGAAGCGCCCAUGGGUGGAUGAGUUCCUCAAGGCUAUGGCGGAGAAGUUUGAGCGGUAUGUCUGGAGGUACAUUGAAUCCAUGGAGGCGGAGAAUCGUCGCGUUGUUUUGGUCAAGGGGGUCGUAUAUGUAAAUCUGAGCAAAAGAUGGUUGUCGGUUUUCCUGCGGCAUGAGAGGUCCCAGAAACUGGUGCAGUUGUCCUUCGAUUUUGAGCAUUCCUUGCCAAUGUCCAGGUGGCAUUUGCGUUUCUUUGACUGUCUGAGACACGAGAGCAAGUGCAUUAUUGAAUUGUCGGAGGCGGCGGGCGCAUACGUGGACAGUAAGCCACGACUGAAUUCGUGCUCGAUGUCAAUAGCGAGCCUGAGACUUGAGAAUCCACGCGACACUUCAUUGCCUGAGAAGGUACUCACGCAAGGACCUAAACCUUCAGGAGACAAUUCAAUUAAAUUCGAGAUCGUGGGAACUGGGGAAAUAACUCCACGGUGGUACCAUACCAAGGAGAAUUCAGAGGUCCCGUAGGUCUGGUCGAUGGGAGUGGCGACCAGGGCUGGGAGGGCGAUGAAGGAUGGGAGGGAGAUGAAGGAUGGGAGGGCGAUGAAGGAUGGGAGGGAUAUGAAGGAUGGGAGGGCGAUGAAGGAUGGGAGGGCGAUGAAGGAUGGGAGGGGCCAGCAGGGAUGGGAGGGCAAUGACGAAUGGGAGGGUGCUGAAGGAUGGGAGGGUGAUGAAGGAUGGGAGGGAGAUGAAGGAUGGGAGGGGCGAGAAGGGAUGGGAGGGCGAUGACGGCAACAAAGAUGAGCGACAUUG